CCCGGUAAGCCUCGGAUUCCCUCACUGCAACCAUGGUGGUGAUGAAGAUGAAGUUCCCCUUUCAGAAAAGGGUGAAGCUAGCCCAGGGACUGUGGCUCCUGUCCUGGUGUGCCACAGUUGCCGGGGCUAUCACCUUCACCCUGGGGUGCAUACUGAAGACGGAGCUCCGCAGGAGGGCAGAGGUAAUGGAUAACUCCGACAUACAUAUUGUGCCCAACACCCUCAUGAUUGUUGGCCUGGCCUCGUUGGGUAUCAAUUACUUUGCUUCAAAGAUCUGUCAGGAUGCUCUGGAUGCCGGGCGAUUCCCUCGCUGGAAGACCAUGUUGAAGCCCUAUUUUGCUGUCUCUUGUUUCUUCACUGUCCUCAUGCUGCUAGCUGUCAUCAUGAGCUAUGCCAUGAAGGGCAAUCUGGAGAAUUCUCUGAAGAUUGGCCUGAGGAACGGCAUCCGCUUCUACAAGGACACAGACACCCCAGGCCGCUGCUUCCAGAAACAGAACAUGGAUCGCUUGCAGAUGGAUUUUCAGUGUUGUGGGAACAGUGACUUCAGGGACUGGUUUGAGGUCCAGUGGAUCAGCAACCGCUACCUUGAUUUCAACUCAAAGGAAGUGAAAGACCGCGUCAAGAGCAACGUGGAUGGCCGUUACUUGGUAGAUGGAGUUCCAUUUAGCUGCUGCAACCCCAGCUCUCCACGACCAUGCAUCCAGAAUCAGCUCACUAACAACUCAGCCCACUAUAACUAUGACUACCAAACCGAGGAGCUCAACAUCUACCUCCGAGGCUGCAGAGCAGCUCUGGUGCAAUACUACAUGGGCCUCAUGAACACCAUUGGGGCUGGAGUACUGUCAGUCUUCCUGUUACAGGCCUCUGUGCUGGUGAGCUUGCGGUUCCUGCAGACCUCUAUGGAGGCACUGGCAGGGAAUGAAAACACAGAGAUUGAAACAGAGGGUUACCUGCUGGAGAAAUCAGUGCAAGACACCGUCAUGGAGUACCUGAACCCUGUCCUGACCUUCUUCCUGCUUAAAAACCAGGUGGAGGAGGGCGAACCCUCUCCAGCCUAAACUACAGAUCAUGUACACACAUGUAAAUAUUUGUACACAGAAAAGGCAACUAAUAACUUAUAAUUG